GUGUCAGGUUUUGUGGCUGCUUUGAGAAUGUUCUUUUCCUAUGGCAUUAGUAGUAGAACUCAACUUACGUGUCCAGUAGUUGGUCAAAAGGAGAGGGAACUUAAUUUAGCGAGCCUUAAGACGUGUUUGGAAGAUCCUAAAAAAACUGAUCGUACCCCAUAUAGGCCUCCACACCUACGCCAAAGGGACAGUUCAAAUACGAAGCAGACUGGAGCUCGGGGUUCUCAAAGUUUAUCAGAUCAUGAAUCUUCCGUACUUGAUUUUGCAUCAUCAGAUUCAGAUUAUAGCGACAGUGAUGGAUCAAUUAAAGAGACUGAAAACAUUCAGAAAUCAAAAGUCAGAGUUGCUGCAAUAGUUUGUAUACAGGAUCUUUGUCAAGCCGAUUCCAAAUCAUUUACUAGCCAAUGGACGCUGCUUUUGCCAACAAGUGAUGUACUACAACCUAGGAAGUAUGAAGCAACACUAAUGACAUGCUUGCUAUUUGAUCCUUAUCUAAAGGCACGGAUUUCAUCUGCCUCAACCCUGGAAGCAAUGUUGGAUGGUCCAUCUUCAGUUUUUCUGCAGGUAGCAGAAUUCAAGGAAUCUUCUAAACGUGGAUCCUUCACCGCUCUUUCAAGUUCCCUUGGACAUAUACUCAUGCAGCUUCAUACAGGUAUUUUUUACUUAAUUCAACGUGAAAGUCAUAGUAGAUUGAUGGCAUCCUUGUUCAAGAUUCUCAUGCUUUUGAUAUCAUCUACACC